AUGGAGGACUACGUCAGCGAGUCGGACAGCGACUACACGAGCUAUUGGCGAGACUGGUUCAUCUCGUCGAGGGGCAACGAGUACUUUUGCGAAAUCGACGAGGACUACCUGACGGACCGGUUCAACUUGACGGGCUUGAACACGGAGGUACAGUAUUACCAGUAUGCUCUAGACCUCGUCACGGACGUGUUCGACCUCGACUGCGACGAUGAGAUGCGCGAGACCAUCGAGAAGUCGGCGCGGCAUCUGUACGGCCUCGUGCACGCCCGCUACAUCGUCACCACCCGGGGUUUGACCAAGAUGGCACGUCCCCUUCCUUUUUUGCCAUCACAUCAUCUUGCGGCGCUCGCUAACAACCUUCAACAGCUUGACAAGUACAAGAAAGCCGAGUUUGGCAAAUGCCCUCGUGUCGACUGCCGGUCACAUCCCCUCCUUCCCAUGGGUCUCUCCGAUGUGCCGAACCUGAAGGCGGCCAAGCUCUACUGCGCGCGCUGCGAGGACAUGUACAACCCAAAGUCGUCGCGGCACGCCUCCAUUGAUGGUGCCUACUUUGGCACCUCGUUCCACAACAUCCUCUUCCAGGUCUACCCGACCCUCAUCCCCCCCAAGAGCGUGGAGCGCUACAUUCCGCGCGUCUACGGCUUCAAGGUCCACGCGGCCGCCACCCUGGUGCGUUGGCAGAGCGCGAAGCGCGACGAGAUGCGCAGGCGGCUCCGCAAGCUGGGUGUCGAGACGGGCUUCCGCGAGGAGAAUGGUGUCGGCGAGGAGGAAGAAGACGAGGAGGAAGACGAGGAGGACGUCGAGUUUGAGGGCGUCGAGGGCCAGGCAGUUGUCCCCGUCGGCAACUAG